AUGGCCGACAAAGAAGCGACAGUCUUUAUCCUCGACCUCGGCUCGUCUAUGGGCCAAGCUCACAAUGGUCGCGAAGAGUCGGACCUCGACUGGAGCAUGCGAUUUGUUUGGGACAAAAUAACCGAUGCCGUCGCGUCCAACCGCAAGACUCUGAAUGUGGGUGUCAUUGGCCUGAAGACUGAUGACACGAACAACAAGCUGGACAGCACAGAGGGCUAUGAGAAUAUUUCUGUCCUCCAAGGACUACAGCCGAUGACUAUGACGGACUUGCGUCAGCUCCAAGCUUCCAUAGUCCCGAAUCAGACCAGAUUUGGCGAUGCCAUCUCAUCAAUUGUCAUUGCGGUCGACAUGAUCGAGACAAAGACCAAGAAGUUGAAGUACAUUCGCAAGAUUUACUUAGUCACGGACGGCCAAGGCAGCAUGGACGUUGAUGACAUUGACGACAUUGGCAAGAAAAUGAAUGCCUCCGGCAUCGAGCUGACUGUCCUGGGCGUGGACUUUGACGAUCCUGAGUAUGGCUUCAAGGAAGAGGACAAGCCGCCACACAAGAAACAAAACGAGCGGGCCUUGCGCAAAUUAGUGGAAGCCUGCGACAAUGGCAGAUUCGGCACCAUGGCAGAUGCAAUCGAUCGCCUGGACACCCCUACCGUCAAAACACCUAAGCCUUACAAAACUUACGACGGCAAAUUGACACUCGGCGACCCCAACACAUUCCCUGCCGCAAUGAACAUUGAUGUCGAGCGGUAUUUCAAGACACAUCUGGCACGACCACUUGGAGCCAGCACUGUGGUCACGAAGCAAGACCAACCCGGCUCACAAACGACUGAGACCGUAGAGGGCAAUGAUAUGAUGGACGGUGUAGAGUUUACAGGCGUCAAACAAGCACGGACGUACAAAGUCAACGACCCAGAUGCACCUGGUGGUAAGCGGGACGUCGAAUUUGAGUCCCUGGCCAAGGGGUUUGAGUAUGGACGAACAGCUGUCCAUAUCACCGAGUCGGAACACAACAUCACCAAGCUGGAAACCCAAAAGUGCUUCACGAUCCUGGGAUUCAUUCCUUGGGACAGGUAUGAAGCCUUCCUCAACAUGGGCGAGGUCUGCGUUACCCACGCGAAGAAAUUCGACGAGGCCUCAGAAGUGGCUCUCUCAGCCCUGAUCUGGGCCCUUCAUGAGGUACAAUCAUAUGCUGUGGCGAGACUCGUGAUCAAGGAAGGCAAAGAACCUCUUCUUGUACUGUUGAUACCACAUAUUGAACCGGGCUUUGAGUGCCUGUACGACGUACCCCUCCCUUUUGCGGAAGAUGUCCGCAGCUAUCAAUUCCCACCGUUGGAUCGUGUUAUCACGGUCAGUGGGCAAACACUGAGCAAGCACAGAUUCAUCCCUUCUGAUGAUCUCAAUGCUGCCAUGGGUGCAUAUGUCGACGCAAUGGACCUCUCAAAUUAUGGGAUCGAUGAAGAUGGAGCGCCGGCAGAAUACAUGCCCAUUGACGACACGUACAACCCCUCGAUACAUCGCAUCAAUCACGCCGUUCGAAAUCGAGCUGUGCACCCCGAGAGUCCCGUACCAGAAAUCCCACCUCAGUUGCUUCGUUUCGCCGAGCCGCCACAUGAACUGGUCGAGCGAGUCCAGAGGAAGAUAGAUACUCUGAUUGGUGCAGCAGAAAUCAAAAAAGUACCACCAAAAGCCAAGGGCAAACGUCGUCGCGAUGCUGUCAAGCCUAUUUCCGGCCUCGACGUGGAUGCCCUGCUCGGCAACACCCGGCGAGGUCAAAUAUCACCCGAAAACGCCGUACCGGAUUUCAAGCACGCGCUCGAGACCGCAGAUUCAGAGGAGGCUCUCGAGGACGCCUCCAAGCAGAUGGGUGCCAUCGUUCGUUCCUUGAUCACGGACAGUUUUGGUGACAGCAAAUACAACCGAGCCAUUGAAUGCUGCGGUGUCAUGCGCGAAGAGUUGAUCAAUAUGGACGAGCCAAGCUUGUUCAACACCUUUGUCGUAGACUUGAAGAAGCAGCUGCUAUCCGGAACCCUAGGGGGCGAUCGGCGAGACUUUUGGUUCAAGCUUAGAUGGGCGCAACUAGGCUUGAUAGACAGCAGUCAGUCGGAGUCAUCAGAUGUGACUACAGAUGCAGUAAACGAGCAAAGUGAGGCCUCUGAGGCCGUUUGCCUGCGUGUGAUGUGCGAACACGCCCUUCCUACGGAGCCCUGGGAACCUCAUCCAGAGCCUGUAGCUGACGAUGCUCCGAAGAAGUUUCUCAACCACGACGCCAGUCCUCUCCCUGAUACGGAGGGCGCCUUCGACCCCGAGAGGUUCGACAAGGACAAGCCAAGCAAGGACGACAUCGAUCUCUGUCCUUGGAACGUUGUGAUGAACUACCCUAGCUCGUUCAUCGGGAAAACAAACCGACCGCACGUAGAGCCGUACUUUGAGAGAAUCUUUGAGGGUCGAGUCUGGGACUUCUUUUAUCUAUACCACCCAUCCAAUCCGGCCGACAAACCCUACCUCUUCGUGCCGACUUCCCAGUUCCAGCUCUUCCUCGAUCAAAUCAACGAAGAACUCAAGAUAUCCCUUUCUAUCCCGGCUGGUGUUAACGCUGACUGGUUCUUCCUACGAUUCACGAACGACGUCGCCCAGCCUCGCUAUCUACGUCGCAGUUCUGAGAGCGAAGAUAUCGACGAUGGCUCUGCUUGGCCCGAUCCAGAUGAACAUGACGCAAACUUAUUCCAUGCGUCUACGCCGGUCCAACAAGCCGAGUUUGAGCGCAAGCUGAGGCUGUUCAAUGCGGCCGAAGUAAAGGACAGAGACAAGGGCCAGUCUAGGACCGCGGAGAGGAGAGCCGAUCGACAGCACAUACUCUGCACGACGCAGCAGCUGCUCGGACUCAAGCCAGGCACCCCCGUCGGUAUAAAGGGCGACCAACCAGUGGUUCUUGUUGCCAUCGACGUUGAGGCUCUUGAGCGACCACCGAACCCGGUGUCGGAGGUCGGCGUUGCGAUACUCGAUAUGAAAGACAUCCAAAACGUUCCUCGCGGUAUAUGCGGCCAGAACUGGUGGCCGAUGAUUGUACCUCACCACUUGCGAACAAAAGAGUACUCUGGUCUUUGUAACUUUGAGUUCAUCAAGGGCUGCCCCGAUGCCUUCGACUUUGGAACCAGCACCUUUCCCACUAUAAAGCAGAUGCCAGCUGCGAUACUCGACAUCAUUCAGCCCUUGAUCGACGCGAAACGCGAGCUCGUUCUUGUAGGCCACGACACUCAGCAAGAUGUCCAGUAUCUAGCCUCGAUUGGUCUUGACCUACAUGCAAUGAAAUGCGUCGCCCGCAUGCUAGACAGCCAAGCCAUUCAUCAGGCCUGGCAGGAUAGGGACCAGGGCCGCGGUCUGUCCAGUGUCUUGGCUGAGCUGGGUAUCACCAGCAGAAAUCUCCACAACGCAGGUAACGAUGCCGUGUUUACUUUAAGGGCGUUGAUCGGCGUGGCGAUGGAGCAGAUCAGGGAGGAGUCAGCCACGGCAGAGGGGAGCGAGUACACCCCCGAGCUUUGGGGCACUGAUCCCCCUUGA